AUGAGAUCUCCUGUGAAGGCAUACAUCGCUCUGUUUGUAUGCAUGACGACGAAGGCACUGCACUUCGAACUGGUGACGUCGCUCUCGGCUGAGGCCUUUUUGGGCGCACUGCAUCGGUUUGUUGGACGACGAGGAAACGUGUCCGUGAUGAGGUCGCACCGAGGCACAAACUUCGUCGGAGGAGAUCGCCAACUGAAGGAGCUGCACGAGCUGCUGAAGACGCAGCUGUUGGAGCGCAAGAUUGCGGACUUCUGCCAGGUCAAAUUCAACCCCGCCAAGGCCCCGCACCAGGGUGGCCUCUGGGAAGCAGGAGUGAAAAGUGUGAAGCACCACCUGAACCGCACGUUGAAGGAGGCCUACUUGACGUACGAGGAGAUUAACACACUGUUGGUGCAAAUUGAGGCGAUUUUGAACUCGCGCCCUUUGUGCCAGCAAUCCGACGAUCCUUGCGACUACCAAGCGUUGAGCCCGGCACAUUUCCUCAUUGGCCGAGAGCUCACCGCGGUGGCUGAGCCGCUCUACGAAGAAGUACGAGAAAACACGCUGACCAGGUACCAAAAAGUGCAGAAGAGGAAGCAAGAUUUUUGGCGUCGCUGGUCCCGCGACUACGUGACGGAGUUGCAGAAGCGAGGAAUGUGGGACAAGGUGCCGGCGAUGAUCAGGAUCGGGAUGCUAGUUAUGCUGAAAGAGGACAACACGCCCGGCUUGGUAGAAUCGUCGAGACUCAUCCGGGAAGCGACGGCGUGGUCCGGGUUGUGA